AUGAGGUAUGAAAUGAGGAUGAUGAUGAAGGAUGAAUGGACUACGGCUCUUCGGCCUUUGCAACCUCGGCUAUCCGGCCCGGCAGAAGCCCCCGGCGCCGCAGAUGCGCGGCCCCCGGCGCCGCCCCCUCGCCUGUCGCUGGCGCAGAUGAACGCGCUACCCGACGUCGACUUCCGCCGCGUCUUCUCCAACGUGGUGGAGUGCUGCCCGGAAGUGGCCGUCGCCCUCGCCACACAGCGGCCUUUCUGCAGCGUGGGCGCGGCGGCACAGGCGGCGGCGGACAUUCUGGAGGCGCUGCCCGAGGCGGCGCGGCGGCGCGUGCUGCUGCUGCACCCGGACCUGGCGGGCCGCCUGGCGCAGCACGGCCUGCUCACGGCCGAGUCGCAGCGAGAGCAGCAGGCGGCCGGCGUCCUGCGCCUCGACCCCGAGCGAGCGCAGCGGCUCGCCCUCCUCAACGCCAGGUACCGCGAGCGGUUUGGUUUCCCGUACGUGGUGUGCGCCCGUGAGAAGAAGAGCUCCGAGCAGAUCUUGGAGGACCUGCAACAGCGCGUGGAGCGCUCCCGAGAGGAUGAGCUGCGCACGGGGAUAGACGAAGUCAAGAAGAUUUGCCGCCUGCGCUUGCAAGAGCUCGUGGCGGACGACUAGUCUUCUUUCUGGCAGGGAGCCGUAGCCGCGGCAAUGGAAGUAGUGUGUGUGGUCACACAUCUUUUUCCCCUUUCUUUAAUGUAGAUUAUGUGGUAAGCCACAAGAGAAAGUCAUGAGAGCAGUCAGUUGUAGCUGUCAUUUAGUCGUGAGGAGUCGAAUCUUUUGCUACCGAUUGGUGAAAUUGCUGUAAUCCUACGGGUUGUGUCUGUGAUAUUGUUUGCUCGGUUAAUAGCGGCUUUUAUUUUAAAAUAACAAAAUUUGAAUAAUUGCCAGAUUAAUAGAUGUAAUUUUAAAGACAAACCUGAUGCAUUAUUUAAAAAAUAUUUCUCUACAACCCUUCAAUAGAUCUGAUGCGGGGGCCUGAGGAAUAUAUCAAUUUGCCAGAACCACAAUGAUCUCAAAAACUUAACAUUAACUUCAAAUUUCAUAAAUGUCACUCCAUAUAUUUCUCUUCAUCUUGUUGGAACUCUUUUUUUUCGAAUUACCUUUGAGUAAUCAUAAGUGUAUUGAAAUUCCUCUACUAUCUAAUUGAAAUAUUAAUCCAUAUUGAAAGACACAGAAAGUAAAAAUACUUCAGUCAAAUCAAUAUUGAAGGGCUCAUUUUUAUUUUCAAUAAUUAAGAUUUUAACGAUUUAAAAAAAAAAAAAAAAUCAUUGUUGAGACCAAAGGAGCAAAAGAGAGAUUCAACUAUAAUAGACUGAGUAGAUAAGAUCUUCUGGUUACUAUUUUGAAGAAUUAUUUGAUUAAUCUUUCUAGCAUUACCAGCAUUUUGUACAAGUGAUUUUCAUUGAGUAAAGUUCUAGUUAACCAUUUAGAUGAAUGGUUUGUGAAUGGCAUUUAUAAAUUGAAUUUUUAUAAAUGGUUUUGUAGGAAAUAAAUUGAAUUGUUGCACAAAUGAUUUCGGUGGAAUUGCAUUUUAUUGUUUAAUGUUCAUGUCUGAGUAUCUUGUUUUUAAGUAAUAAUCCACUUUUUCAUUACUAGGGCAGAAUUCAUAGAUUAGUAAAAAAAUUGCCAAUUUACGACACUGCAUUACAAUACUCUCUCUUUUUAACCUAGUGUGCAGUAAGGCAAGAAAGGUAAAAAAUCUUUCAUCUUCAAUAAAAUGGUUGAUGGAAUCACAAGACCCUAAUACUUUUGGAAUUUCAGAGGAUUUUAUGGAAGUUAGACAUGUGCAUAUUUUAUAAGUGACUUAUUCUGUAUUCAACAACAAACAAAAAUACCAUAUUUUACACUUUUAAAAUGCCCUAGGGUCUUCAUUAAAAGUGCCCUCAAAAUUAACAUCUUUCAAAUUUACAGGGACUCAAGGCUGGCUAGAUUGUUCAUGAAACCCAAUUUUGGGGAAAUUUCUCGGUAUGGUUCAGAAAGACAUUUUGGGUAUCGAUGAGCUCACAAAACAAGUAUCUCUGUUGAAGUUUUAAUGUUGAUUUUCCUUGAAGCUUCCUCUACAUUUAAGUAUCUUCUUUGUAUAUACUAAUGUACGAGACAAAUUUUGCUCUUGUAUAAAAUUAACAACAGAUUAUCUUAAAGGGAAUUAUUUGUAUUUUCUUAGUUCUCCUAAAUUUCUAUUAUUCUUGUCUGUUAAAAAUUAAAGCUAGUAGGUGAAUAAUAUCCACAUCAUUAAUUUUAAACUAAUUUUGUUAAUGAAAUUAAAUAAUUUGCAUUCCAAGACCUGUAUAGUAUACACCAAGUCAUGUGCCC